AUGGACAGGGACAGGGUUUCAGAGGAAAUAAGGAUAGAGUUGGAGGACACAGUAGAACAUCAGGAGAUUUCUAUCAUGGACCAACAUGGGAUUAAUCCCAAGAAUGUCAUAGUGGAGGAGCAUUCAGGGAUCCAAACAGCAGAGGAUUCCACUCACAAGUGUAUGAAGGGGCUUAUGGAGGAAAGGGACCCCAAGGGAGUCAACAGGUGCCUUAAGGUGAGCUUUGAGGAUGUGAUAGCAGAGCCUGCGUCAGUGCACAGCUUUGAUAAAGUGUGGCUGUGGAGUCAUGCACUGUUUGAGGUAUCCAGGCUGUGGUUCUAUCGGCUCAUUUCUCUGCUGCUGGCUGUCCCUGUAGCGCUGGUCUUAGGUCUGCUGUUUGCCAUCCUCAGCUGCCUGCACAUCUGGUUGAUAAUGCCCAGUGUGCAGCUGCUGCUAAUAAACAUGAACUGGGUGAAGGUGGUAUGGGCCAGUGUGCUGGAUUUGGUGAUCGCCCCCUUCUUCAGCAGUGUAGGAAGGUGCUGUGGAGCCAUAAAUAUUCGCUGGGGAAAGGAGUAG